GACACCCCCACCCCCAGGCAGGGGGAGGAGAAAGCCUCGCCGGCGGUUUUAUAGGCGAGGCGGCGGCGCAGCGGCGUGUCCUGCCCGGAGCCAUGUGGGGCCGGGGGCUGCUCUGCGGCAUCGCCCUCUCGCUGCUGCUGUGGGCGCCGCCCUCCGGAGGGGUCGCCGCCGGCGCGGAGCCGCAGCCCGGGGUGGUGGUGCCGCGCUGGGCAGCCCUGGGCACCCCCAGCAGCCACAAGCAUCCAUUCCGAGCUGAAGUUAAGAUAAAGGCAGAAGGCCAGGAGCUCACCUUGGAACUGGAGAAAAAUGGAAACCUCUUUGCACCAGGCUAUACUGAGACACAUUACAGCCCAACUGGACAAACCCAGACCACCUCUCUGACCCACACGGACCACUGCUUCUACCAUGGGGUUGUGAGGGGCUGGGAGGGCUCCAGCGUCACACUCAGCACAUGCCGAGGGCUGCGAGGAAUUAUCGUAUUGAGCAGCAAUUCCAGCUAUAUCCUAGAGCCAGUUCCUGACAGCCCAAACCAGCACUUGAUCUACAGACUGGAUGACCUGAAGCUGCAGAGAGGAGUCUGUGGCUACCAGGGCACAGGGGAUGCAGCUGAAGACUGGCUCAGGGACUUCACAACUGGGAUGAAACCACCUCGCCAGAGGGUGAAACGGGAGACUCUGCAGGCUACAAAGUACGUGGAGCUCCUGCUCGUGGCUGAUUAUGCAGAGUUUCAGAAGCAUCACUUCAGCAUUGAAGAAACAAGGCUUAAAUUAGUGGAAGCUGCUAAUUACGUAGAUAAGUUUUACAGGUCCCUGAAUAUCCGGAUUGCCUUGGUGGGGCUGGAGAUCUGGAGUAACUGGAAUAAAUGCGAUGUAACUGAGAACCCCUACGCCACCCUGAAGUCCUUUCUGGCCUGGAGUAGCAAGGAGCGGGUGCACAGAAAACACGAUAAUGCCCAACUAAUCACGGGUGUGCCCUUCCAAGGUACCACAGUAGGCUUGGCUCCCGUGAUGGCCAUGUGCUCUGAUUUCCAGUCAGGUGGAGUGAACAUGGAUCACUCUGAUAAUGCCAUUGGUGUUGCUGCUACCAUUGCCCAUGAGAUGGGACACAAUUUUGGCAUGAAUCAUGAUUCACCUGGCUGCUGUACUACCCCCGCAGAAGAUGGAGGCUGCAUCAUGGCUUCUGCAACUGGGCACCCAUUCCCCAAGGUGUUCAACCAGUGCAAUAGAAAAGAGCUGGAGAAGUAUCUGCAGUCUGGUGGAGGGAUGUGUCUCUCCAACAUGCCGGAUACCAAGAACAUGUAUGGUGGGAAGAAAUGUGGAAAUGGCUACUUGGAAGAGGGGGAGGAGUGUGACUGUGGAGAGACGGAGGAAUGCAAUAACCCCUGCUGUGACGCCAGCACCUGCUCCCUGAAGCUGGGUGCCGAAUGUGCCCAUGGCAGCUGCUGUCAUCAGUGCAAGCUGAUGUCCCCAGGAACUCCCUGCAGGGAAAGAUCAGGACUCUGUGACCUCCCUGAAUACUGCACUGGCAAGUCACCGUUUUGCCCCCCCAACUCUUACCAAAUUGAUGGGGCUUCCUGCGAUGGAGGGAAGGCCUAUUGCUACAGUGGCAUGUGUCUCACCUAUAAAGACCAGUGCUUGCAGCUGUGGGGGCCUGGAGCCAGGCCAGCACCAGAUGCCUGCUUCGAGAAGGUUAAUGCUGCUGGAGACAUCUACGGGAACUGUGGGAAGGACAUCUAUGGCAACUACAGGAAGUGUGAGAUGAGAGAUGCUAAAUGUGGGAAGAUCCAGUGUCAGAGCUCUGCUUCCAAACCCCUGCAGUCCAAUGCAGUGGCCAUAGACACAACUAUCCGAACACAGAGGACAGAGCUGAGGUGCCGAGGGACCCAUGUGUACAGAUCUGAGAGUGAAGAAAAGGAGAUGCUGGAUCCUGGCUUGGUGUUGACAGGAACAAAAUGUGGGAGCCAUCAUGCUUGCUUUGAGGGACGCUGCCAGAACACAUCCAUCAUCUUUGAUUCUGACAGCUGUAGCAAGAAGUGCCAUGGGCAUGGAGUCUGCAAUAACAACAAGAACUGUCAUUGCAACCAGGGCUGGGCCCCCCCAUUCUGCAACAAGCAGGGGAGGGGAGGAAGCUUGGACAGUGGUCCCCCCAUGCCCGAAGGCCCUUCUGCAGUUGUGAUAACUCUCGCAAUCCUGGCCCCUAUUCUCCUUCUCAUUGGAAUAAUGUUUUUGUUCUAUUAUCUGAAAUGCUGGAAUAAAUUUGCCAUCUGUUCUCUAAAGAAGACCCCGCAGUUCAGUGACACCUCUGGAAAUGGGCACGCAAACCCUGCCUUCAAGCUGAAAACCCCUCAGGAGCAGAGGAAGGUGAUUGGCUUCCCUCAAAUCCCAUCAAAACCUCCUCCCCAGCAAGCUCCAGGGCUCCGAAUGAACACACAGCAGCUGUCUGCCUUCUCUACUGGCUAUAGUUGUGGUGUGGGGCAUCUUGACGGGCCAGCAUCCUUGGCACCUGCAAAGGACAUUCCCCGACGGACACCCCCGAGCAGACCAGCACCUCCCGCUCCCAAACCCCCCGUCUCUCAGGAUAUUUCUAGGCCUCGGCCACCCCAAAGAGCUUUGCCGGCUAAUCCCGUCCCAGCCAGACCCAGAGCCGGGCUGGGGAACAGCCCUGUCAUCUCGCUGCCUCCUGCGCACCCCAGAACCCCAGGACGACUCCAGCCUGCAGCAGAGAAUGCUGGUGUCGGGACAACUGGAGCAGCAAAUAUCUUGAAAGUGGGACAGCUGGGCUCCCGUGGACACUCAUGAAGCAAUCUGUUCCCAGCUCGUUCUGACCUUUCCAUGGAACUGGGUGGACUUCAUCACCCAAAAAAACAGCCACAGACAGUGUCUCAGUUCCUUUCCUCUACCCUCACCUGUUUCUUACGUGACUCAACAAGCUGCCAUCAGGUUUGGCAGCAGUGUCCCCAGGAACUGCACCCGGUACAUGCCAAGCUGAACUCAAUCCUCUCUGCUGAUAGCCUUUUCCAUAUAGGGACGACUUGUUUAUACGGUAUUUAAAUAUUGUUGUGCAAUAUCCAAUGCAAGGAUGGGGUGAUGAGGUUUUCAUGUUUUUAAUCAGUUAUUUAACUGCUACCAGGAAGAACAAACUGUGAGUGCAGGUGCUGGCCCUGAUGGGCUUUCAUGUAAGACCCAGCCCUGUUGGCUUUCUCAGCCCAUCCAUGCAGCUGCAGGAGCAUAUGUUGGUGCUAUAUAGAAACCACUGCCUCUUGGGAGAGCAGAAGGCAGCCUUUGAUAUUCUUCAGCUUAUUCUGAGUUUACAGUGGGUGGCAAUUAGGGCCAUGACAGGGAGCAAACCAUGGAAAUAUUCCUGGUUAAAAUAACUUGUGGGUCACCAUAGAUUUUUAUCAGCUUUAAUAGAGGGGAUUAAUUAUUUUUCCCAUGUAACCAUCUUCAGCAAGAUCAUUCCAACCUGUCUGUCCUCCAGCACUCACUUGCCUUGCCUCAGUGCUGUAAGACCCGACAGCAUCCCCGGUGUGGCCUGUGCUCUCUCGUCCGUGUCAUUGGGACACAGUCAAGGUACGACAGGAAAAUUCUCUGGCCAAGAUGCAGAGCGAUGGCCAGAAGGAAGCUCAGCCAAAGUCAGUGCUGAAACCUCCUCUCCAGCAUACGGUACUGCGCAUAAUCAGUAGAUACUUUUGCAGUUGUCUUUUCAGGCUUCGGUCUGUACUGAGCAGUAAUCCAGCAUGGGCUGUCUGCUCCCCAUACCAGUGAGAAACCUACCUGAAAAUUGCCCAAGUGGUAAAGCAGCGGAAAUAUUCAUGUGAUACAUGGUGCUUUUGUAGGGCAGCUCAUUUACUCAAGAGUUUUUCCUCCAUGACAUGGAUGGAAAGAGCUGUCUGUGUGCACUUUAAGCAGCUGAUGGUUCUGACCCCGAGAACCUUCCCUUAUGAAUUUUUUUUUCUCAUAAUGGUUUGGGCUUUUGUACAUUUUUUCUCAGGACUUUAGAUGACAAGCUUCUGUUACGCCAAUUUUUUGUUGUUGUUGUUCUUUUUCCCUUGAAUUGAAAUGAUUUCCUAAGAGAACACAGGGAAUUCUGGAGCUAUGGUUACAACAAUUCUGUUGUGUCUGAUUUAUUAUGGACAAAUCCUAAGGGUGAUUGCUGCUGCACAUGUGAGAAACUAUAUUAUUGGCAUAAAGAAAAAGAUUUGUCUGAUAGUCCUCUUUCCCUAAGCUCUGCCGAUUGAAAAACAACAACAACAACAAAUAGAUAAACCUUAAGUGCUCAUUAAAUUUGCAGCGAUAUAUAGUAGUUUAUACAUAGCAUGACAUAAGCCACUCCAGUUUUUGCAACUUUACUACCUCUUUCUCCACAAGGAAACAGUACACAGGGUGUGUCUUGAAUUUCUGGUUGAUUAUUCCUUAUCUUGAUCAUUUAGGGCCUUUUCUUACCUUCUAUGUGCCUGGAAAUCAAACCAACCCUAAAAAACUUCUCUCUGAAAUGAGAGAUGUAAAGUGAAAGACAUCAGCUUUCUAAUCUUUCUAUGUCUUUUCCUAUAGUUGAAUUAUAUUACAUAUAAAUAAUGUAUAUUCAAACAACCCCCAGAUCUGUUGUUUCUUGGGGUAAUGGCCUAUUUUACUGCUCACAGGUGGAGCAGUGAGCUGGGCACAUGUUGUACAUACAGGUAGUGCAGAUUCAACCACAAGAACUUGAUCUUGUAUCUGAGCCCUCGCUGAAGACAGCGGCAAACUUCUGCUACAGCCCCUGAUCUUUAUCAAACUGCCACCAAAGAUCGCUAGGGAUAUUUUCACUGCAUUUCAUGUGAACAUGGCAUCGAGCUUUUAAAAAGCUUCUCCAGACACCAAAAGCUCAGAGAACAACUGGGACUGCCUGGGCUCUAAUGACAAACUCAAUUGCUGGAAUAUCAUAAGGUAGUUAUAAGUCCUUUACAUUUUUUUAUAUGCGUGCAAAUUGAGUGAAUAAGAAUAGGGGAACUGCAGGAGGAGUAAAAGAUGGUUAAAACUUCUUGGUUUUUUGAAGAUAAAGUUACUUGGGAGAACACAUACCAAAAUACAUCUCACUUUCUCCUGUGUCCAUGUAUUAAUGGUUUACAAUAAUGCUCUCUGUGCACCUAUGCAAAUACUUGAAUAAUGCAAUUCAUUGUGCCUUUUGCUUAGUUUUAAUAAAUUUAUCAGUUGUCAUUGACAA